UACACUUCCUGGAGACGGUUGCUACAACAACAGUCAGCCGUGUCUUUUCGUUUACGCGUCAACUUGCUAAAUAUUAAAACUAACACCAAGGCGCCUAGUUGAAAAUGACUUUUGUUUCACGAGUCCAAAGAGAUCCAAACGGAAAUUACAUCUACUCAAGUCGACCCCGACCUGUGGAGAACCGCUCCGGAUACGGAAAACCUCCGCCCGAACAGACACACAGUACCUAUGGAAACAUUAUGUUCGACCCUCGUGUUGUCAGGGGAAACACUUAUGCCCAACGCAUCCUACCAAUUGCGGCUCAAUCAGACCCUGAUGAAGUACAACGACAACAGGAAAUCAGGAGGAGAAAUAUUGCUCGAAAACGAAGCAGGGAACAGUCAAGAACCAGGACGCCAGAGGCCGCGCAGGGCAGAAAACACAUCGAUGUACAAACAGAGUGUUAUCUCGAAGAGCUGAGUGACAUCACAGUGGCCAAAGAUAUUGCGUGCCAGACGGAUUCUUUCCUGGACAGACCAGCAUCCCCACUCUUCAUACCGGCCAAAUCUGGCAAAGAUGUUGGAACUCAGAUAGAGGAGGGAGAGUUGUUUGACUUCGACACAGAGGUGCAGCCGGUGUUGGAGGUCCUGGUCGGUAAGGUAAUAGAACAGUCUCUCCUGGAGGUGAUGGAGGAGGAGGAGCUGGCCUAUCUGAGGACCCAGCAGAGGGUCUUUGAAGAGCGCAGGAAUAAUGAGCUGGCAGAGGUGAUGAGGCUUCAGGAGCAGGACAGACGCCGCACUGAGGAGAAAGAACGUAGAAUGGCCCAGCAGAAGGAGGCGCUGAAGAAAGAAAAGGAGGUUGCAGAGAAGAUUGCCGUCCGGGCGUACACGCAGGAGUACUUGUCUGGCCUCCUUCCUACGGUCUUUACCUCACUGAGAAGCCACGGCUACUUUUUUGACCCCGUGCAGAAUGAUAUUGAGACUAAUUUCAUGCCGUGGCUGAUGGAUGAAGUCAACAACAGUUUGGAACGGAGAAACACAGCAAGAACUCUGCUGGACAAUAUCAUCUACGAUGUCGUCCAGAAGAGACAGGAGAUGUUUAAAGAGACGCAGUAACGACGUCUCUCUGAGGCCAAGGGCAUAAACGUAUUCUCAAAACUAAAAUGUGACUGAAUAAACUAACUUGAGUUGCCUCUCA